GAAGCUGACAUGGCGGUUGCCGGGCUCACAAUUACCUACGAUCGGGAGAAAGUAUUGGAUUUCAGCACCCCAUUUAUGACCCUGGGUGGUAGUCUUUUAUUCACUCGCCCAAAGAGUCAAAAACCUUCAAUAUUCUCUUUCCUUCAGCCUCUCUCCCCGACGGUUUGGGCCUAUGUAAUAACUACGUACGUUGGCGUGUCGCUCGGACUCUUCAUUGUUGCUCGCCUCAGUCCCUAUGAAUGGCAAAAUCCACAUCCUUGUGAGGCUUUCUCUGAGGAGAAGGAAAAUCAGUUUACCAUACUGAGCAGUUUCUGGUUCUUUGUGUCUCCUUUGCUCAAUCAAGAAGAAUCCGGCAUUGACCUGCAGCAUGGCAAAGCUAGUAGUGUACCCAGGCAUUUGCUUACGACGAAGGAAAACUAA